CUGUCGCCUUCCCUCCCGCGGCCCCAGCACCGCAGGCAGGCAGGGCUGUCCCGAGCGGCCUGUAGGGCAGCGGGGGCGGGCGGAAGGCACCCCGGGGAGGAAGAGAACAGAGUGGCAAAGGGGCCUUGGAGGCCUUCUAGUCCAGCCCCCUGCUCAGGCAGGAGAGGCUUCGGACAAGGGACUGUCCAGUCUCCUCUCUACGAAACCUCCAGCGAUGGAGCUCCCGCCACUUCUGGAGGGAGGCUCUUCCUCUGGUCAAUCGUUCCCUUGGAGAGAGCUCUGUCACCAGAUUUCUUUUUAAUGUGUGCUGAUUAGGCCCCUGAAAUCCUGGAAGGCUGCUCUCAUGCCACUCCUGGUCCUUCUGCAAGCAUUCUUGAUUAAACCUAUAUGCCUGACCAUGCGGAUAUCAGCCUGCCCCCAGAGGAACGGGUCAGAGGUCUUAUUCAUAUGGGGAGUUGUGUGGAGGUGAAUGAAGAUGUUCCACCACGAAGAUACUACCGUUCAGGUGUUGAAAUCAUCCGGAUGGCAACUAUUUAUUCUGAAGAAGGCAACAUCGAACGUGCUUUUAUAUUGUACAACAAAUACAUUACACUUUUCUUAGAGAAACUCCCCAAACAUCGUGAAUAUAAAACUGCAAUCAUUCCAGAGAAGAGAGACACAGUGAAAAAACUAAAAGAGGUUGCAUUCCCUAAAGCAGAGGAAUUGAAAAAGGAGCUUUUAGCUAAAUACAACAAGGAAUAUGCAGAAUACAAUAUACAGAAGAAGAAGCAAGAGGAGGCGUUUGCUCGCACCUUGGCCCUACAGCAGCAGCUGGAGGAGGAGAGGCAGAGAGUGGCCCGCAUGAAGCAGCAGCAGGCCGAGCAGGAGCAGUUCCAUGCCUUUGAAGACAUGAUCAGGCGCCAGGAGCUGGAGAAGGAGCGCCUGAGAGUGGUGCAGCAAUUUGGGACAGCAACUCUGGGCCCCUCGGAGGGUCCCUUAAUACCUGGCGUGCUUAAGCCCCCCACCGACCCCCAAACUCUUAUGUCUGCUGGUCAACCUUUGAGCCCCGCUGGAGGAAGUGGACUGCCAGGGCUACCCAUAGUGGACAGAUCGCUAAAACCUGGCACUUUGGGGAACUCCGAAAACAGCGCAGUUAUAGAUGGUCUUCGCCACAUUGUUGUCUCCAGCCAUCUGUGCCAUAAAUUUCUGCAGUUGGCAGAUGCAAAUACAGCCAGAGGUGUGGAGACGUGUGGGAUCCUUUGUGGGAAGCUGAUGAGGAAUGAAUUCACAAUAACCCACGUCAUUGUUCCUAAGCAGCACGGAGGCCCCGACUACUGCAACACCGAGAGUGAGGAGGAGCUCUUCCUCAUCCAGGACCAGAACAGCCUGAUCACCUUGGGAUGGAUCCACACUCAUCCUACUCAAACGGCUUUCCUUUCCAGUGUGGAUUUGCACACUCAUUGCUCCUAUCAAAUGAUGCUGGCAGAGUCUAUAGCUAUCGUUUGUUCACCGAAGUAUCAAGAGACUGGAUUCUUUAAACUGACAGACCAUGGGAUGGAGGAGAUCUCUUCCUGCAGACAAAAAGGAUUCCAUCCCCACUGCAAGGAUCCUCCUCUCUUUACUACUUGCAACCAUGUGACGGUCACGGAAGCAGAAGUGACGGUGCUGGACCUUCGAUGAAGCUACCUUUGUAUCUCUUAUCAGCUCUUCCUGUCCUCCUCAAAGCUAAUUUUCGGUUGCUUCUCUCACUUUCUGUGCAGUGAUCCCCAGAAUCAUACCUGUAACACAGCAAAGGAAUUUUGCCUUCUCUUUGAUCACAUAUGAAUAAUAAUUUGGGGCAUCGCUGAGAAUCACUAAAGCAAAAUUAUAAACUAAAAUUAACCCUAAUGCCCUCAAUAACGGCUCGUCUUGGCUGCCGACUGAGGUUUCCCAACAAACCAGAAGACACACACAGAGGCACAGACAAAGAGGAACAAUUCUUGGAAGUCUGUGGCUUGACUCUGAGAACAUCCAUCCUUCUUAUAUUAAUAUUGACUCUCGCACGUUCUUGGGAAACAUCCAUCCUAUCAAUGGGUUGGAAUUCUUACGCUCAACUGUGCUGUGCCAAAAUUUUGACCUCAGUGAGCAGUAAUAAAGCAAGUUUUGUGCUGAAGGAAGUGCCCACCAAGAAAAUCAGGCUAUUGUCUAUUGGUUUUAGAUGGCUCUUCCCUAGAUCAGUGGUCCCCAACCUUUCCAGUUUUGUGGAUGUGUGGGGGGGAAUGGUUCCAUGUGAGCAGCAUGGCUCGCUUGCCACAGCCUGGGGGUUAGUGCCCUGGAUAAUGGCACCUUGUUCCAAAGGAAGAGUUCAUGUAUUU